AAACAUGCUCUUACUAUAUCACUACUUGGCAACUUGCUUUCACGUGUUCUGACUUCAUUACGGCGUACGACGUCCCCACUCCAUUACUUUCACGUGUUCUGACUUCUAAAAGAACCUUUCAUCCGCUGGUCUGGUCUCUAUAAUAAGCAGAGCGUGUUCGAUCCUUGAACAAACAACGAACACCUCUUGUUUCAUUUUCGUUUUAUUCACUUUGAGCAACAAUGAUCAAAGUCGAGUUUCAGAACUUUUUCAUAAUGAUUCUCCUAUGCCUAUUCUCACUCCUCUGUUUCUUUACCUUCUUCGUCAAGAAACCAAAAGAUAGCUCUGAUUUGCCUCCAAGCCCUCUCAUGCCAAUUAUUGGUCAUCUUCACCUUCUUCUCUCUUCUUUAAUCCACAAAUCUUUCCAGAAAAUCUCAUCCAACUACGGUCCUCUCCUCCAUCUCCGCAUCUUUAACGUCCCUAUACUCCUCGUCUCCUCUGCUUCAGUGGCUAACGAGAUAUUCAAGACCCAUGAAGUUAACAUCUCCUCUCGAGGUCUCCCUCCCAUCGACGAGUCCCUCUUUUUCGGAUCUUCAGGUUUCUUCUCUGCUCCACAUGGAGAUUACUGGAAGUUCAUGAAGAAGAUCGUUGUCGCCAAGCUUCUUGGACCGCAAGCAAUCGAGCGGUCAAGAGCCCUCCGUGCGGAGGAGCUAGAGAGGUUUUACUUUGAUCUGCUCGAGAAAGCGAUGAAGAAAGAGACCGUUGAGAUACGUAGAGAAGCGAUGAAGUUCACUAACAACAGCACAUGCAAGAUGAUUAUUGGGAGGAGGUGUUUGGAAGAGAAUGGUGAAGGUGAGAGAGUCAGGGGAUUGAUUACUGAAUCCAUUGCCUUGACGAAGAAUGUUUUAUUUGCAACCUUGUUGCGCAAGCCACUUGAGAAGCUAGGGAUCCCACUUUUCAAGAAGGAGAUAAUGGAUAUUUCCAGCAGGUACAACGAGGUGCUUGAGAGGUUUCUUGUGGAGCACGAAGAGAAGCACCAUCAUCAACAUCAAGGUAAGGAUCUGAUGGACGUGUUGUUAGAAGCUAAAGAAGACGAAAACGCAGAGUAUAAGAUCACUAGAGAUCACAUCAAGUCCUUGUUUGUGGAGCUUUUCCUUGGAGGCACUGACACAUCAAAGCAAACAAUACAGUGGACAAUGGCCCAAAUCAUUAACAACCCUAAAGUUAUUGAGAGAUUAAGAGAAGAGAUGGAUUCCGUAGUAGGGAAGUCAAGAUUGAUACAAGAAACUGACUUACCAAACCUGCCUUACUUGCAAGCUGUAGUCAAGGAAGGGCUAAGGAUGUAUCCACCGGUACCUCUCUUUGGAAGGAGGCUACAAGAAGGAUGUACGAUGGGAGGGUUCUAUGUCGCGGAGAAGACAACCCUUGUAGUUAAUGGUUAUGCUAUCAUGAGAGAUCCUAAUUACUGGGAAGAUCCUGAUGAGUUUAAGCCAGAGAGGUUCCUAGAAAAGCAAGGGGACGAGAUAAGAGAGCAAGUACUGAAGUACCUGUCUUUCGGGAGCGGUCGGAGAGGAUGUCCUGGAUCAAAUCUAGCUUAUAUAUUUCUAGAAACAGCUAUUGGAAUGAUGAUUCAGUGCUUCGAUUGGAGAAUCAAAGGUGUUGAGGUUAACAUGGAAGAGACUUUUUCAGGAAUGGUCUUGACAAUGGCUCAUCCCCUUAAGUGCACUCCUGUUUCUCGAAUCUGUAGCUUCCCUGUUCAUCACUAAGCUCUCAUACCUAUAGUUAAAGUGUCUGUUUGAUUGUUAAGGACUAGUAGUAUACUAGUAGUAAUAUAAAUAAGGAAGCUCUGUUAAGUGUCCCUUGUUCACUUUGGUCUAAUAUAGUUUGGUUUACUUUAUAGUCCAAA